ACAGGGUAACAUAGCAACCGAGAAGUAAACUGGUUUGUCAUCGGCCUGUCUGUCGCGCGCAGCACGGCUGUAGCGGGGAAACUCUUUCUCUUUCAUCCUGCCACAUUCAUCUCGAUUCAAACGCAGAUUUGAACUUUUAAAACGGGAAACAUUUGAUGGAUGAAACGGUGAAACCUUUGAGGAUUCCUCCUCAGAUGAGGAACUAUGCAGAAAAGCACGAGUUGACCCAUCUGGCCCAGGGCUUGGUGUCCAACCUGCUGAUUGAUCAGCCCGAUGAUCCCAUCUCCUACCUAAUCGAUCUGCUGCAGGGGAGCAGCCUGGACACGCCCAGGGUGAUGGUGCUCGGACCUCCUGCCGUCGGCAAAUACACUCUGUGCAAACGGCUAAGCGCAGAGCUGCAGGCUGUCCACGUGACCACAGAGAGUUUGCUGCAGGGCCAAUCAGAGCUGAGCGCGCUCAGUGAGAAGGAUCUUCCCUCUGAGCUGCUGGUCCGAAUACUUCAACAGAGACUCAAAGAGGUGGACUGCUUGAAAAAGGGCUGGGUGUUGCAAGGAAUCCCUAAAACUCGUCUGCAGGCUCUGAACCUGCAGCAGGUUGGAGUCCUCCCCAAGCACGUUGUGAUGCUGGAGGCCCCAGACGACGUGCUACAGGAAAGGAACCAAGGACGGAUGGUUGACCCACAGACAAAAGCAGAUACCUACCACCAGAUCCUCAACUGGCCGAGCGACGACACCAUUGCUGGGCGUCUGCAGAAGGGGCGGAGCCUGUCAAACGAGCAGCUGUCGGAGGAGCUGCAGCAUCACAGCUGUGAGGUCUCAGGGCUGAGAUCGGCCUAUCAGCACGUCCUAAAGGUCAUCAGUGGUGACCAAUCACACGCUGACAUUUACCAGCAAGCCUUGGCUUUUGUUCAAACCCGUCACCGCUCAAGACCUCAGAGAAUCGUCCUCCUGGGUCCACCAGGGUCUGGGAAGAGCCUUCAGGCCCAGCUGCUGGCAGAGACGUACAAGAUGGUGGAUGUGAGCUGUGGGCGACUGUUAAGGUCUAUAGCUGCUGGUGGCUCGGCUCUGGGAGAAGACAUCCAGCUGUACCUGGAUGGUGGACUUCCAGCUGAUCUUGGGAGCAUUGGUUCGUCUACAGUUCCAGAUUCCAAGGUGCUGCAGGUCCUGGAGGAACGUCUGAGCCAGGAGGACUGCAGCUCCAGAGGCUGGGUGCUGCAUGGCUUUCCAAAGAAUCUGCUGCAGGCCAGGAGCCUGCAGGAGUCUCAGCACGAGCCAAAUAGAGUUUUUUUCUUGGAAGCAACAGAUGAAGUUUGUCUGGAAAGAAUCACACUUCAAGCGACAGAUCCAGUCAGUGGGCAGAGGUUCCACGCCGUGUCCAAUCCGGCUCCGACCUCCGAGUUUCAUAGCAGACUUCAGACAAGACCUCAGGAUGGCACAGAGGAGGUGUUGCGGAGACUAAGAGAGUACCGGGAGCUCAGUGAUGCCCUGAAGUCUGUUUAUCCAGAUGCAGCUCAUGUUGAUGCUGAUCCACAGCCACGGUCCGUGUUUGAGGCCCUGCAGAGCCGUCUGACCACAAACUGACACCUCGACUCAACUGAAGCCGACUCGAUCUGCUGGACUCGCCUGUUCAGGAAGAUCCUGGAUGUUUUUAUUGACUUUAGUGAGUUUAAUGCAAAAAAAAAAAAGUUUUCUUCCAUGUUGGUCAUCCUCAGCGACACGAGAUUCUGUACUUCAGUCAUGUUGUCAUAGGAACCUAAACUUUAGGAUUUAUCCAUCCUGUCCUGACAGCAGAUAAAGCCUUCAUUCUUGCCCAACUCCUUUUUCUGAAAAGCUCCUGACUGUUGGUCCUUGUGAGAGCUACAAAUGUGUCACCUAAAAGCCUCAGUUUCUUACUUUGGAUAAAUGAGCUUUUAUUAAAUCCCAAUCUUAAAAAUACAACAUUCAAAUCCCAAAAACUUUUAUACAAACUUUCUUAGAAAUUAAAAAGUGACUGAGCCUGCUUUUUCCUUAAAAAAAACAAACAUAGUAAUUAAAGCCGCAAUCCGCAAUCUGUGCUGUAUGGGCCGCAGUUGCUACCUGCCCCUUUUAGAGCGGCUCUACGCUCCUCGCCCCUCGCUUUGCUUAUGCCACCCUGGUCAGAGCUGCAUGUGGCAAAUUCUUUAAAAAAUAAAAACUUUUUUCCCCCAAAAUCGUGGCUUUUCUUUUGGUUUUACUGUAUCUCCAUAGCAACCAUUUUAUUCGCCUGUGGGUGACGACUAGGUCUGUGUAAUUUCAACAAGAAUUGGUAUAAGUUAAUUUUUGGAUUUCCAUGGUAACAGAGGUUUUUGUUGUGUGUAAAUAUGAUUAAAUCCAUUAAAUAAAAUGAAAUACAUAAAAUAAUAUAUUAUAAAACUAAUGAAUACGCAGAUAAAAGUAUCCCAAGCAAUAUCUUGAGCCUCUUUUUAAAAACCUCUACAGCCUCUGCGGCCCUGAGGCUUUCUGGGAGGCUGUUCUGCAGGCGAGGACAGUAAUGGCAGAAGCCUCACCACUUUAUGGACAACUAAUAGGCCAGCACCGGAGGACCUUAGGACUGCAAGGAUUCAUACUUUAAAAGCAGAUAAUUUAAAUAAGAAGGCCCAAGACCAUUAAAACAUUUAUAAACCAUUAAAAGAAUCUUAAAAUCAAUUCGAAAACGCACAGAAAGCCAGUCCAGCAAUUUAAAAAUGAGUGUAAUGUGUUCCCGCCCCCUGGUCCUUGUCAGAAACUGUGCUGCAGAGUUAAAAGAUGUAAAUUUGAAAGAGACUUUUUAGGUAAACCAGAGAGCGGGGCAUUACAAUAAUCUAAAUGACUAAAAAUAAAAGCACGCAUCUGCACCUCUGUGUUGGCAAGAAAGAAGAAUGGGCGGACUCUGGCAAUGUAUUUGAGAUGAUAAAAUCCUCUUAGCUGCAUUUUUAAUAUAAACGCCAUUAUAAUGUAAUAAAGCUCUAAGGAUUUGGUAAAAUUAUCUCUCUUCUCUUCAGGACAGAUAAUUAGAAGUUCCGUUUUGUCCUGGCUGAGCUGUAAGAAGUUAUCUGCCAUCCACGAAUUCAUAUCUAAAAUAGAAUUUAACAGAGUGUUUAUAGGUUCAAGGUCAUCAGACAGGGCGAUGUAAAGCUGUGUAUCAUUAGCGUAGCUGUGAAAGUGAACGCAGUGCCUCCUGAUAACAUCCCCAAAAGGAAACAUAUAUAAGUUAAAAAGUAUGGGACCUAAAAUCGACCCUUGGGGAACACCACAAGUUAUUUCAUGGGUUCUUGAAGAGCAUGUAUCCAUACUAACAUAAAAGUGUUGAUCUGUAAGACAGGAAUAAAACCACUUAAGAAACUUUC